CUAUCCCCUCCGAACGGUUCUUCACCCAAUGUAGCCGUUAGAGUGACUUUUCUUCGCUUUGCUCUUUCAACUACGAUAAAAAGUCUCAGCCUUUCUUUGCUUUCAUCAAACAACGCAAACUAUUACACCAUCAUUAAGCUUUCUGUUCACAACACUCAUUUCCUAUUCUCAAGUACAGCUUUCAAUGGCUAAAGUAGCAGCUCUCUCUCUCUUGCUCCUGCUCUUGUCCUUCACUUCAGGAGGAACUUUGAUGAUGGUAAAUGGCCAGAAAUCUUGGUGUGUGGCUAAGCCAUCAUCAGACCAGGCAACACUUCUGGCAAACAUUAACUACGCAUGCUCUCAAGUGGAUUGCCGAGUUCUGCGAAGGGGUUGUCCUUGCUUCACUCCUGAUAAUCUGAUGAACCAUGCUUCUAUUGCCAUGAAUCUUUACUACCAAGCCAAGGGAAGAAACAGGUGGAAUUGUGAUUUCAGAAGCUCUGGUCUUGUUGUCAUCACUGAUCCAAGUUAUGCCAACUGCAUUUACGAGUAGCUAGCUACCACUGGAUUGGUUUAAGCAACUUAAUGUUUCCUCUGGAAAAGGAACUCUUGUAACUCAAUGGAACUUUUAUUUUUGACUCUCCCGUAAAUCUGGUUGAUUAUAGCUUCUGCUAUUAAA